CCACCUCCCAAGUGAGAGCACCCAGAAAGAGAGCGAGCUCUGAGUGACUCAAAUUUAGCAUCCACAAUACUAGAAAAGCAAAGGAAAACAAGAAAAUGCUUUUCUCUACCAUGUCUCGCACAACUACUGUCUCCAAAUGUAGCAUUUUUCCUUCUGAGGAUUCCACUUUAGGAGACCUUAAACUCUCCGUUUCCGACCUCCCAAUGCUCUCUUGCCACUACAUCCAGAAGGGCUGUCUCUUCACUCGCCCUCCCUUCCCCAUCUCCGACCUCAUUUCACUUCUCAAGCGCAGCCUCUCCACCACUCUCUCUCACUUCCCGCCCCUCGCCGGCCGGCUCUUCACUGAUUCUGACGGCCACAUUUACAUCACCAGUAACGACGCUGGCGUGGAUUUUACCCAUGCAAAUGCUUCCCACGUUAGAAUUCGUGAUAUUCUUGGCUCCAUUGACGUUCCUCAUCAAGUCAAGGAAUUCUUCUCGCUUGAUGGUAUGGUUAGUUUUGAGGGCCAUUUUAGGCCUAUUUUGGCGGUUCAGGUGACCGAGUUGGCUGAUGGAGUUUUCAUUGGCUGCUCCCUGAACCACGCCGUCACUGAUGGUACCUCCUUCUGGAACUUCUUCAAUACCUUUGCCGAGGUGUCUAGGGGAAUCAAGAGGAUUUCCAGGACUCCGGACUUUAGCCGGGAAUCUGUUCUGAUAUCACCGGCGGUGCUGAAACUCCCCACCGGUGGCCCCAAGAUUACCUUCGACGCUGACGCACCGGUGAGGGAGAGGAUAUUAAGUUUCACCCGGGAAUCUAUCUUGAAGCUGAAAGCUAUAGCCAACAACCAGAAAUGCGAAGUCAAUCGCGUCGUUGAAUUGAUGGGGAAACAGAGGCACGAUCCUCUAGCGAGGCUCGACGGCAAGAUGACGCCGUUAACCCAGCAACAGAAUAAGAGUAAGACUACUGAGAUUUCGUCAUUCCAAGCACUGUCCGCGUUACUGUGGCGGGGAGUGACACGCGCCAGGAAAUUACCAGCUUCCAAAACGACCACGUUCCGUAUGGCUGUGAAUUGCCGCAACCGGCUCGAGCCGAAGCUGGAGCCGUUAUACUUUGGGAACGCAAUUCAAAGUAUCCCAACGUAUGCUUCUGCUGGUGACAUCCUGGCUCAUGAUCUGCGGUGGUGCGCCGAGCAGCUGAAUAAAACUGUGUUGGCGUACGAUGACGCUACGGUGAGGAGCAACGUACAGGAUUGGGAACGGGACCCACGGUGUUUUCCCCUUGGGAAUUUCGACGGUGCGAUGCUGACUAUGGGAAGCUCUCCUAGGUUCCCCAUGUACGAUAACGAUUUCGGGUGGGGCAGACCCAUGGCUGUCCGGAGCGGGAAGGCCAAUAAGUUUGAUGGUAAGAUUUCGGCCUUUCCUGGACGGGAAGGCGGUGGGACCGUUGAUCUGGAGGUGAUUUUGGCACCCGAGACUAUGGACGGUUUGGAGUCCGACCAGGAAUUCAUGCAAUACGUGUCGUCGGGUUAUUAGUGAAACUGGAUGAGGAGGUCCUGCUAAAAAUAUCAUUUGGGCAAAAUUAAGAGCACCCGGAGCAAGAAAUCAAAGAUGAUGUGAGAGAAGAAAUUGUCUGAAAGUAAGGGUGGGGGAGAACGAGACAUGGGCUGAUUUUGACUCUUUUUUUUUUUUUUUUUUUGGUGGAGUUGUCGUGAUAUAUUCCUAUAGUGUCUUGUAAUUGUCGUUCUUAAUUAUGUCGUAAUCUAAUUAAUUAGACUUGAGUUUUAAC